CUGCCUCAUGUAAUCUUCACUUGCAGCUCAGCGCCAGUCAAAACUUGAACAGAUAUAUAUUUUCAUUUGAUAGGUACGUUAAGUAGAUUGCGAAAUGGAGCUGGAUUUUGUUACGGCUAACUUAUUGGAAGAGGAACCGGUUGAAAUUGAAGAGAAUAAUCAUGAUCUUUCUAAUAUUGAAGGUGAAAGAUGUGGAAUAUGCAUGGAUAUUAUCAUUGACAGGGGUCUUCUGGAUUGCUGCCAGCAUUGGUUCUGUUUUGCAUGCAUUGACAACUGGUCUACUAUCACAAACCUUUGCCCACUUUGCCAGAGUGAAUUUCAGUUGAUCACGUGUAUCCCGAUAUAUGAUAUUAUUGGAAGCCACAAGGUUGAUGAGGAAACAUUUUCCAGGGAUGACGAAUGGUUUGUUGACGGGAAGGGCAAUACUCUUUCUUUUCCUUCAUACUAUAUUGAUGAAAAUGUAAGUGCACCGACUUAUUAUGCCUUCAAGUUGCUAGAGGAGUGA